AGCAGAGGCUGUAGUGAUGACUAAGGAAGUUGAUAAAUGGCAAUAUCUGAAAUAGCUACUCGCCCUGAAUAGGCAGGUGGAGAAUAUUAGUUACACGUGGGACAAAUCCCAUUAUGAGACAUAUCAUCACAACAAGAAUAUUUCAUUCUAGAUUUUAGAAUCCCAGGUUUUGGCUCACUUUGGUCAAGAAACAUUAUAAAUAAUUGAGUUAGAGACAAUUAAAUGUUAGCCUCUUGGAGUGCAUGGCAAUUGGUUUUGACCUCCAUACUAAAAUUCACAAGACCACGGACAUAAGUCAAAACAGGUCCCCUUCGUCUCCCUAGUCACCAUCUCCGGGGCUAAAAAACAGACUUGAAAUGGGUGCCAGUUAGACUACAGGAAACAGGAUCUACAAGCACCAGGAGCUCAUCUAUGGCUAUCUGACAUCGCCUGGGGACACCUCACUCUCUGGCAGGCUCCUGCUGGCUGGAGAUUGUUAACAUCGCCAAUCAGAUGUUAAUUGAAUGCAAAGGAAUAGGAAAUAAAUUAUGGUUCUGAAGGGGCAGCUGGAAAGGUGCUGGGCUUCUCAGACUCGGACCUACAUUCCAAAGCAGGCCUAAAGCCAAGCAUACUCCUUGCCAGAGGAAACGGAAAGCCCCUCUCCCAUUUUCAGAAUCAGGCUGGAAAACACGGCUCCCAGAAGGUAGGGUUAGAAAACAAGAGCUUGCGUGGCGGCGCCCUGUGAUCCCUCGAGGAAAUAGGAGAGAGACAAAGAGGGCCUGCUCCUGGGAAGCCCUAAAUUCGAAGCCAAUCCUUCCUCCUAGAUAUGACUACAACUUUAAAGAGCAGAGCGCACACCUCCCCUCCCGGAUCUCUAGGGCAAAGGCAGGUUCGAGGGGCAGCCAAAGAGGCGCAGAGAAGAGUGACAAUGUGCCCAGCAAGCGGCGGGAUCAAAGCCUGGGUCUCUAAUUCCCAGGCUGGAGAUUCUGGGCUGCCUGCUCCUCCUGCACGGGGCGAAAAGCCCACCUGAGAUCCGAGCGGGCGGCCGCCCCACUCUCGCAGGCUCCAUACACCCGCCACUACCCGCCUGUACCACCUGCAGCCGGCAACGCAGCCUCCUCGCCGGUCCCGCAGGGCGCGCUGCAGGUGCGCGGGGCGUCCCGAAGCCCCGCCCUCGCGUCCCUGCCCAGCGCCCAGCUCCUCACGCUCGGUGCCCGCGCCCCGCAGCGGCAGCGCAGAACGCAGCGCCUCCGCCAGAGCCCGGGAAGCGCUCGGGCGAAGAGGAGGAGCCAAGGGUACCGAGCGGGUGGAGUCGGGAGCCGGAGAGCGGUGGAGGCGGAUUUCCUGGGCCCGGCCGUCUGGCGCUACCAUGGCGUUUGGCAAGAGUCACCGGGAUCCCUACGCGACCUCCGUGGGCCACCUCAUAGAAAAGGCUACAUUUGCUGGAGUUCAGACUGAAGAUUGGGGCCAGUUCAUGCACAUCUGUGACAUAAUUAACACUACCCAGGAUGGGCCAAAAGAUGCAGUGAAAGCUUUGAAGAAAAGAAUUUCCAAAAACUACAAUCAUAAAGAAAUCCAACUUACCUUGUCACUUAUUGACAUGUGUGUGCAGAACUGUGGUCCAAGUUUCCAGUCUCUGAUUGUGAAGAAGGAAUUUGUUAAAGAGAAUUUAGUUAAGCUACUGAAUCCCAGAUACAACUUGCCAUUAGACAUUCAGAAUAGAAUCUUGAAUUUCAUUAAGACUUGUUCACAGGGCUUCCCAGGAGGUGUGGAUGUAAGCGAAGUCAAAGAAGUAUACCUCGACCUGGUUAAGAAAGGCGUUCAGUUUCCUCCCUCAGAAGCAGAGGCUGAAACAGCAAGACAAGAGACUGCUCAAAUCUCAUCAAAUCCUCCAACAUCUGUCCCUACUGCACCAGCGCUGUCUUCUGUAAUUGCUCCAAAGAACUCGACUAUUACCUUGGUCCCAGAACAGAUUGGAAAACUGCACAGUGAAUUGGAUAUGGUGAAAAUGAAUGUGCGAGUGAUGUCCGCCAUAUUGAUGGAGAAUACUCCCGGGUCUGAAAACCAUGAAGACAUAGAGCUUCUGCAGAAACUCUAUAAAACAGGUCGGGAGAUGCAGGAGAGGAUCAUGGACCUGCUUGUGGUGGUGGAGAAUGAAGAUGUAACUGUUGAGCUAAUUCAGGUGAAUGAGGAUUUGAAUAAUGCCAUCCUUGGAUAUGAGAGGUUUACUAGAAACCAACAAAGGAUUUUGGAGCAAAAUAAGAACCAGAAGGAAGCCACCAAUACUACCAGUGAGCCUUCUGCCCCAUCUCAAGAUCUCCUCGACCUAAGUCCCAGUCCCCGGAUGCCUAGGGCCACUCUGGGAGAACUCAACACCAUGAAUAAUCAACUUUCAGGCUUAAAUUUCAGCCUUCCAAGUUCUGAUGUAACAAACAACUUAAAACCCAGUCUUCAUCCACAGAUGGACUUGCUAGCCUUGGAGAAUACAGAGAUACCCCCGUUUGCCCAAAGGACCAGCCAAAACCUCACCUCAAGCCAUGCAUAUGAUAACUUUCUGGAACAUUCAAAUUCAGUGUUUCUACAGCCAGUUAGUCUACAAACCAUUGCAGCAGCACCAUCAAACCAGAGUCUGCCACCUUUGCCCAGCAAUCAUCCAGCGAUGACAAAAAGUGAUCUCCAGCCACCUAAUUACUACGAGGUAAUGGAGUUUGAUCCCUUAGCUCCUGCUGUCACUACAGAAGCUAUUUAUGAAGAAAUUGAUGCUCACCAGCAUAAAGGAGCUCAAAAUGAUGGUGACUGAGAAGAAAGUGGAUGAUCAGCUCACUACCACAUCAAAGGUGCCAACUCUCUAAAAGGUAGACUCUGUGCAGCUUUGAAGCCUGGAAGACAAUACCUACCAACAUGUCAAAGCCAUGGUGGCACAUUUCUGCUAUAAUGAAGAUUAAAUAGAAGAAUAACAGUUCCAGGAUAACACUGAUUCCUGACAACAGCGUGAGAUUUCAACAGAACUUGUUUGGAACAAAUACUCACAUAAAACUUCAGCAGAAGAAAAAUUACUUAGUCCUUAGGCCAACCAAUUUAACUGCAGUGUCAUAUGUUUCACAGGCCUUCCUACAUUUAGAAUUCGUCACACAGCUGUGAUAAGAGUAGAUUAUUUUACUACGAAAUAAUUCUGAAUAGAUGAAAGCAUAAAAUGUGAGAAACUGAAUGUAUUAUUCAGGAAGAAUACUGAGUGCCUUCAUUUAACUAAAGUUGAAUGUAAAAGUCAAUUUGCACUUCUUUAUAAUCCUCUGGUUUAGAAUUAUAGAUUGUUAAAACCUUGAUAAUUGUCAUUUAAUUAUAUUUCAGGUGUCCUGAACAGGUCACUAGACUCUACAUUGGGCAACCUUUAAAUAUGAUUCUUUGUAAUGCUAAAUAGACUUUUUUUCUCUUUUUACUGCAACUUAAUAUUUCUAUUUAGAACACAGAAAAUGAAAAUAUUUAGAAUAAGUUGUACAUUUGAUGACAAAUAAAUCACUAUUAAAAUAA